CGCCGCCAUCUUGGAACAGGGGUCUUGUACUUCGAAUGCAUGGACGAUACCGGACUUUUGUGCUGCGUUUAAAUCUAAAAACCAGACAGCAAGGGAUGACAUUUCACAGACCUUUGCCUACAUUGACGCUGAUGCAUUAAAGAGGAGGGGGUCCCCUGUACCAAGAUGGCGGCUCUAUUGACGCAUUCGCUCCAGUGAACUGCCGUACCCAAGGCGACAUCUAGGUGUAGAUGUCUAUGGUGGAUUUAUAACCCAAAGCAACUGGCUCUUCUUACGCAUGCGCAGAGGCGAGCCGGCGAUGAAAAAAAUGGCCGCCUCCACAGUCUGCCGUUCUGUGCGUUGUGUUUCUAAUGCUUUACCUCGGCUCACCACGUCUUGGGCACCUCUCAGCUCCUGUACAUAUGAAAACAUCUCCGGUCCGACUUUAACGUGGUGUCGUUUUUAUAUUUCUGGACCGGAUUGGAGUCGCAGGAGAGACGAAAACGGUGUGACAUUGAGUCGGUGUGCAGGCCUCCGUGUUUCCAGCUCACGUGCCUUCCACAGCAGUUCCGUGUGUCACCAUCAGCAGGAUUUCUACAGCAUUCUGGGAAUCCCGCGAACCGCCACGCAGAAAGAGAUCAAAAAAGCCUACUAUCAGCUGGCAAAGAAAUACCAUCCGGAUACAAGCCCAGAUGACCCGCAAGCUAAAGAGAAGUUCUCCAAGCUGGCAGAAGCGUACGAGGUUCUGAGUGACGAAGUAAAAAGAAAGCAGUAUGACACGUACGGUUCUGCGGGGCCGAGCACAAGUGGGGCUGGGCAGCAGUACUGGCGUAGCGGAACCACCGUAGACCCAGAGGAACUGUUCAGGAAGAUCUUUGGGGAAUUUUCCGGAGCGCAAGGGUUUGGAGACUUCAGCUCAGUUUUCGAACAGCCGCACGAGUACAUCAUGGAGCUGACGUUCUCCCAAGCAGCCAAAGGAGUUAACAAGGAGAUCACGGUGAACAUAGAGGACGACUGUCCACGUUGCCACGGUAAAGGUCACGAGCCGGGCACCAAAGUCACACACUGCCACUACUGUAACGGUACCGGCAUGGAGUCGGUGAACACAGGCAUGUUUAUGAUGCGUUCCAUGUGUCGGCGCUGCGGUGGACGGGGCUCCAUCAUCAUCACGCCCUGUGUGAUGUGCAGAGCAACCGGACAAACCAAACAGAAAAAAAGCCUUGUGGUUCCUGUGCCUGCAGGAGUGGAGGACGGCCAGACGGUGAAGAUGUCUGUAGGAAACAAGCAGGUCUACAUCACGUUCAGAGUCGAGAGGAGCCCGUUGUUUCGGCGCAGCGGGUCCGACAUUCACUCUGACAUGAUGAUCUCAGUGGCUCAGGCCAUUCUGGGAGGAACAGCUCGAGCUCAGGGCCUCUACGGGACGGUCGACAUCGCGAUUCCUCCUGGGAUUCAGACGGACCAGAAGAUCCGUCUGGGUGGUAAAGGAAUCGCCCGUGUGAGCGGCUAUGGCUACGGAGACCACUAUGUACACAUCAAGAUCAAAGUGCCCAAGAAGCUGACACAGAGACAGCGGGAUCUGAUCCUCAGCUAUGCCGAGGAGGAGACGGAUGUAGAGGGGUCUGUGAACGGAGUGACUCGAUCAGCACCAGCAAGCUCUCAGCAUGCAAAAAAGGAAUCCGGAGUGGACCAGAGUCGUGACGAGGAGCAGCCGGAGGAGAAGGAGGAAGGCGGAUUUUUCUCCAGACUUAAAAAGAUGUUCUCCUGAAGAGUGCAGAAUCUGCGCGGUCAUGUCUCAAACGCAGUCAUUACUUCAACUACAGCAUGAUCAUCACAUUAUUGUGUCUAGGUGAGAGGCCAUUGAGCUGCAGAAGCUACGCAGAAGCUCUCCACAGACAGAGAGGGAGAAAGAGAGAGAGAGAGAGAAUUCUAUGUAACGAAGUAUGAACUCUGUAAAGCUUCAAAAUAAUGGUUUAUUAACAUAAACACACUAUUUGUUCAUGUAAACCCUUAAUGCUGGUUAAUGUGUAUUUUUUUAAUAUAUAGAAGAAUGAAGUGAUAACAGGAAGCAGGUUAUUUUUGAAUGUUUCACAAGAUUAAACGUGACUCUAAAGAAAAA